AUGUCCUGUAACUUGCUUCAUCUCAAAUCCUGCUCACAGGUGUAUGAGGCACGCAGCGAGGUGGGAGGAGGUGAGGGAACCCUCAUCACCCUCUAUCCCAACGGGCUCAGGGCGCUCAACCGAAUCGACCCUGCCAUUGUGCCCCAGCUGAUAUCCCGUGGAGUACCGAACCCCACCGUUCUCAGCCGCUCUUUAACUGGCGAGCUUCUUUUCCGGUGGGAGCUUGCGUCCAACAUGACCCCCCGCUUCGGCUUUCCCAUGCUCUGCAUCCGCUGGCGAGAGAUACUCGACGUGUUGCACGGAAUGCUGCCAAACGACGCCGUCCACACUGGGCACAAGCUUGUGGAGUUUUCACAGGAAGCGGAGGGGAGUGGUGAGGGGAGCGGCGCAGCCACGAAGAGUGGCUCGGUGAAAUGCGUUUUUCAGAAGGUUUCCGGUGGUGAAGAGCGGUUGGUGGAGGUGGAGACCCCUCUGCUGCUGGGGGCAGACGGCAUUCACUCGGAGGCACGGAAGCAGCUGCUGAGCGGUUCAGCAGAAGGCGGGGGAGUGAGUCCGCGGGACAAUGGUAGAACCAUCUGGAGGGCCGUCGUUGACAGCAGCCUCUGCCCGCACCCCCUGGUGCAGCCACGUCAGGUAAAUACAAUACUCGGUGACAACCGCACUGCAACCGCCGCCGACUGUGGAGCAGGCAAACUCUUCUGGGCGUGUACACUCAUUGAUUCCGCCGAUCCGACGGUCAGCAGCGCACGAUCCAAGGGGGGGGAGGAGGCGCGAGAGAAGAUUCUGCGGGCAUUUGAGGGGUGGGAUGUGGUGGAGAGGCUUGUCAACGCCACUCCCCCCGACCUCAUUCUUGAACGCCGCGUGCUCGACCUCCCGCCCCUGCCCUUCUGGGUCGAAGGCAGGACGGCUCUUCUCGGAGAUGCGGCGCAUGCAGUGACGCCAGCGUUGGGGCAGGGAGGCAAUCUGGCGUUUGAGGAUGCGGCUCAGCUGGUGGAGUGCCUCCGGGCAAACUCGCUUGUCAGUGAUGCUCGUAGCUCCUUCCAAUCCAUCCGCAUGUCACGAGUGCAAGCAGUGUCAGCACGGAACACUGCCCAAACAAAGAAGGUGUUUGACAAGGAGAAAGAGGGGAAAGAUAAGGAUGCAGCAGGUGGUGAUGGAAGUGAGGCGAAAGCAGCGCCAAAGAUUGAAGAGGUACAGACGGCAUCAGCUGCAGCGGCGGCACGAGAGGGGCGUGACCCUGAUGAGGAGCUGUACGGUUAUGACAUUGUAGUUUUGGAGUAG